AUGGUCAAACUCACUCUGCAAGGAGAUUAUAACUCCCUUGAUUUGUGCGAUACAAUCCUGAACGGUACUUGCUCUCACACAAACGCACGCAGAUGCUGGUACCAUGGAGCUAUAAAAGAGACCAUGGACCGAAGCCAUGCGAAUACAGUCGUCUUCCCGGUCCAGAAUCUCCAGCUUGAACACAUCGAGUGUCCCACACCCGCCUCAUCACAUCACCUAGCAGAAGCACUGUGUUCUAUGCCAAACCUGACUGACCUGGCAAUCAGUGGACAGAAUCUCACUGAGGAUUUUUACUCUACAUUGAAAGCAAAGGCAUCAUCCAUACAGGAUAGUUUUCCUCAGAUCAGGAAGGGAAACUUCAGGUUUAAAGAAGUUGAUCACGAUGACUUGGACUCAUUUUUUCACGCCCUCACAUGUUUGCAAAGCUUAAAUGACUCAGAUGGCUUGGACAGCUCAAGUGACUCAGAUGAUUUGGGCAACUCAAUGGACUCAGACAACUUGGUUGACUUGGGCAACCCAAACGUUACUCAGUUUCCCAGCAUUCCUUACAUUCCUUAUCAGCCUACAUUUACGUCACCUGACCAACCAUUAGAAAGCAGUUACCAUGGCAACACAUACAACACAAUAAAUUUCUCUUUGGAGCAAUCAAGAGCAAUGUACCAAGAAACCAUGGCAAGCACUAGUCGUGUGAACCCGGUACAUGCCAACAUCCGUCUUACCCCAGACACCCUACCACUCUUGCAAGAGUCUCAGGACAAUGUAAUUGUGAGGCAACCAUUACAACAGCCACGUACAUUGAGGACUCAGUCUGGUAUUUGGCCAGUCUAUUUGGAGAAUAAUGCACUACCGUGGAAUUCUGGACCUAGUCAGCCCUAAUUUAUGCCUUCCAAUCUCCAAUCAGGCAUGUCUGUUGAGUACCACACCCCUGCUUCAAAUCGGCCAUUCAGUGGUUAUAAUUGCAGUCCUGAGUAUAGAGAGGCUUACUUCAAUCCUACCUACCAUGCCGUUAUGUCAAGUUCUGCUCCAUCUCCUAACCCUCCAGUCUCAAGAAAUGAUCAACCUACCAUGUCCGCAGGGUAUCUUUCACCAACACUGGGUCUUGAGAGCGCAGGUGCUACACGUACCAUGCCUUGGUCAAGUCAGGAUCACUACACUCAAUCCUACAAUGCCUCUACACCCAGCUCUGCUCCGUUGUGUAACCCUCCAGUCUCUGGAUAUCAUCAGCCUACCAUGUCGAGACGGUACAUUUCAGAUACACCAUAUCAACCAAUGACUGUAGAGCAGGCAGGAUCUAGCAGACCACAGCCUAGUCAGGAUCACUCCACUACAGGAUUCCAUUCAGCUACCCAGGAUUGUCCAAUUGUACAGAAAAGAACCAGUUCUUCACGUAGGCCAGAUUCUUCCAGUCAGAUAUCACAUUUAACCAACUUUUCAUCUCUGAUCCAAAGUACAAGCAGUACCGGUAGUGGUGAAGACUUUCAUGUUGGCAAUACAUCAAACACUAUAUUUCAAUUGUCCCAGACAGACAGAAAAGGUAGCAGCAGUCUGAGCAGGCCAUACAAGAGGCAAGCUCCUUGUACUCGUGCAAGAGUUCCACAGGAAGGUCCUGAAAUUCCAGAGAAGCAAUCAAAGUAUGAAAUCUAGUUUUUAUGGUAUCGUAGAUUAAGACAUUAUUCCUCUUUUAACACUUCAUCUAGAAUGUGUGUACGUAUUAUACAGGGCUCCACACUAACUAUUUAGGGGGAAAAGAGGUCCAGAUUUAACUUUUACAGUCUGUAUGCGUGAGCCCUAAGUAAAAACUUCCAAAUUCGGAGGGUCCAGACCUAGAUUUUUUGGCUGUCAAUGUGUCCCGGCUAGUUUGCUGGUUUUUGGUCCUGGACUCAUAGCUAUAAAUUUGGGGUAAAAGGGGGUCAUUUUCGGCAAUGUUUGCAAACGUUUGAAUAUUUGUAAAAAGGAAGUUUUCAUCUUUUUCACCUAAAUGAUGAGUACAGUCCACUAUUUGGUGUUAGUAUAUACAUUUUUUCACGAGAAAGGGAUGGAUCAUAAUAAUGUCACAAUGCUCGAAAGCAUGUAAAUGGCCUAUGUAGAAGAUGAUGCAAAAAAUAAGAUACGUUUUGUGAAUGUGGACUCAUAUGUGUAUGUAGUGAUGUACCAAGUAUAAGUGUAUUGUUGGCUUUUACCAUUUUGUUUUAGGAGAUUUGCAUGCAAGGUAUGAAAUAUCACUCAACUUUCACAAAGUGAGCUAUUGUAAUGUAUUUAAUUAUCUUAUCAAAAUGUCACUAUAUUUGUCAAUCUCAUUGCACAUGUUCAGUACAAAUAUGAUUUGAAAAUUUGUUACCAGAAAUGACCCGGAUGUUUAAAGCCAUAUUGCUCUAGGUAUCAUGGCAGCGAACUUCAAAUAAUUCAAUAUGUUAGUUAAGAACUAACUUUGUCUUUGUUAUUGCUUGUACAUGUGUAUUAAACUACAUUCACCAGUUCUAUAUAAUAAAUCCAUUUCGAGAAAUAUUUUCUAGCAUGUUCUUUACAUUACUCCAGUGUAUAUGUAAAUAUGCUGCUAUCAUUUUAAGAUACAUGUCUCUUUUGUCAAUGUAACAUGCCUGAGGUUUUACCGUAAUGUAAUAUUUCAUUUGAAAUGGAUUAUUGUUUCUACAUAAUUAACUACAUUCAUCAGUACUAUGUUAUAAAUUCAGUUGAGGAACUGUUUUCCAGGAUUUUCUUUACAUCAUUCUAGCGUACAUGUAAAUAUGUUGCUAUAAUUGUACGAUGCAUGUUUAUUCUUUUUGUAUUCAGUACUGGAUUUCAAUAAUGUUGAUGAUAUAUAUACUCCAGGCCUUUCUUUGCAUCAUUUUGAUCAUGAUUAUGCAAUGGUAUGAUACAUGUAUAUUUUGAACUUGUAUAUGUUUGCCAUACUUGCCUUUUAUAUACGUUUUAUAUUGUAGUGAGUUUGCAUUCCUUAUUGGCUUAUAAGAUGCAACGUAGACAGUACUCUUAUGAGCAUUCCGUUACCUUGCUUUUUGAUCACCAUCCUCUUCUGAUUAAGUG